AUCGUGACCUGGUCGGACUUCCUUCUUGUUGAAUUCCCGGAAUGUUUUGUUCCUAAAAAUAAAUAUUUGACAAGUUAAGCAUAUAUUAUCAGUUUUCAAUUUUGAUUGUUUCGAACGACUAUGUUGUUCGUCUUCCAGAGCCAAUGCAUUGCGAUUUACAUGGCAUUAUUUUCAUAUCUGCUCCAUUACACUUUUGAUACCAGUUCGAGCAAGGACCUGAAGCAGCAACUAACAGAGUUUGACUUCAUCAUAGUAGGAGCCGGACCUGCAGGAUGUGUACUUGCAAAUAGACUGACAGAGAUCAGCCAAUGGAAGGUGCUUUUAUUGGAAGUUGGGGGAGAGGAGCCCGUAGCUACCAAUAUACCAGGAUGGACUUUUGAACUGGAAGGAACAGACAUUGAUUGGAAGUAUCGAACCCAAUCAGAUGGUUAUUCAUGUAUAGUGGAUCAAGGAUGUCCAUGGCCACGUGGACAAGUAUUGGGUGGAUCAAGCGCAAUGAACUACAUGUUGUACGUUAGAGGAAAUCCAGUAGAUUACUAUAUGUGGGAACUAUUAGGAAACCCUGGUUGGAGUUACAAUGAUGUGCUGCCUUACUUCAAAAAGUCUGAAGACAACGGAGAUGAGGACAUUCUGAAAGGAAAUGCACAAUAUCAUCAAACUGGAGGAUAUCUAUCUGUAGAACGAUUACCUGAUAUAACACCAGAUGCAAGAAUCAUUUUACGAGGACUUGAUGAAUUUGGUUUAAAAAAUAUGGACAUCAAUGCGCAGUCACAGCUGGGAUCAAUGAAUUUACAGACAACCUCAGACAAGGGAUCUCGUGCAAGUUCAAACAAAGCUUUUCUUCGGCCAAUUCGAUAUCAAAGGCCUAAUUUGUUUAUAAAAACUAGAACAUUUGUAACAAAGAUUUUGAUUGAUCAAUGGACAAAGACGGCCAUAGGUGUUGAGUAUACAAAUACUCUUACAGGUGAAAGUGGGAUUUUUAUGGCUAGAAAAGAAGUGAUUGUGUCUGCAGGUUCUAUAAAUUCACCCAAGUUAUUAAUGCUUUCUGGAAUAGGCCCAAUUCAAGAGCUUCAGAAACAUGGUAUCAAUGUAAUACAAAACUUACCUGUCGGUCAUAACCUUCAAGAUCAUGUGACUUUCACGGGAAUACCUUGCCAGAUAGCAGGCAGAAUGAUAAAAAGCCCUACUUGUCCACAAAAACUAAGUUAUUUGAGUUAUUAUCUUUCAACAAAUCGAGGUCCAUUUUCGAACCUGGGUAUCACCACUAUUAGUGCAUUUUUCCAAACUGAGUAUGAACAAAUUCAAGGCGCUCCGGACAUGCAACUACUUUUUCGAGGUGAUAGCACUGAUGCUAUUUUCUACAAUCAAUUUCAUAUCUAUCCAACUUUACUAACACCGAAAAGUAGAGGAUAUAUUACACUUAAUGAAACGUAUCCCACCUGGGGUGCACCUAUAAUUCAAGCAAGAUAUUUAGCAGAUGAGUUUGAUAUGAAACGAUUACUUCGAGGCGUGCGAAUAACCCUUGGAUUAUUCAAUACCAGAGCAUUUAAAGAAAACAACUUCAGGUUCGAUGAAACCCCUUCGCCUUCUUGUGCUGCAUUUGAAUUCAAUAGUGAUGGAUAUUGGAUUUGUAUGAUAAGGCAAUACACUCGCACAGUAUAUCAUCCUAUUGGAACUUGCAAAAUGGGUCCUAAAGAAGAUUCAGAAGCGGUUGUUGAUUCAAAAUUACGUGUUCAUGGUGUUAACAAUUUAUGUGUAAUUGAUGCUUCGAUCAUGCCGACCCUUCCUCGAGGAAACACUGUUGCUGCGGUUUAUAUGAUUGCUGAAAAAGGUAGUGAUAUGUUGAAAGAGAAAUGGUUAAAAGCCUAUUAUGUUUGAGCUUGGUGCCUGUAAUGUAAGUUUUGCCUUAAAUAAAAGUGAAAUGAAGAAAUAA